CAAGUUCGCUGCGCUGAUAAGUGGCCAGGAAAGACCGGCAAGUGAUGCAGAGUGUAAUGCGCUUGAAAUUCCACAUGGAAACAGACUGGUUCCCAGGUCAAUGUUCUACUUCAGUGACUAUGGGCUUGUUUCGCAAAAUUUUUAUGGUUACAUCCCAAGUUCUUUUUUCUUUUUUUCAUUUAUUUGUUGAAGCGCCAAGCAAGAACAAAAAAGGAGCUCGUUAGUCUUGCCUUAGGCAGGUAUAUAAGAGGCCAGCCGCCACCUCCCCAUCACUCGAGUCACUUCUGCAGAGGCAACUUCAGCCAACCAACAAAAUGGUCACUGUUCACUCGUACCUGCUCCUGGCCUUGGUCAGCACUGCUUUUGCCGGGUUUGUAGCCGUGCCCGCAUUUCCCACAUCCACAAAAGUUUUCGUGGCACCGACAGUGGUAGCGGCUCCUGCGGUGGUGGCGGCUCCGGCCGUGGCCACUACCGUCCACCACACUCCUGCCGUUUCCAAGGCCACCCGAGUGACAAGCUACCAGACCACGAAUCCCGGCGUGCCACAUACCGUUGCCAAGGUUUCAACCUACACUCCCGCUGCGACGGCUGUUCAUACUGUCCACGCUUCCGUGCCCACAGCUGUGACCGGUGUCGUUCAUCACGUUCCCGCCUACACACACGGUUACUAUCCAACCCGCUACACCUAUAGCCACCGGUACAACUACAACCCUCUACGGUACGUCUAUGGCCUCAGCCCCUACGGACUCAAUUACGGCUACGGAUUGGAAGCCUUCGGCUACGUCGGUCACGUCAAAAAAUAGAUGAUCGGAGCUUCUGUUCACCACCUGGGACAUUAUAGGUGCCAGAAUGUGCAGCAAAAGUAGCAUCGUGCAGCACUUGUCUGGUCAAAGCGAUACGACGACCAAGGCUGAAGAAUUCCUCGCAGAAAUAAAAAAGCUACUUCUGAA